AUGCUUGAUCUCGUUCCCCUCCGAGGGGACCUAAUUCUUACUUAUGCUCUGUUUGAACAAAUCUUGGCAAACAGGUUUUUCACUGUUGACCCAGCAAAUACACGGCGGGGACAUAGUAAGAACACUUUCAAGCUCAGAGCACACACAUUCAUUAGACGAAAUUUUUUCUCAUUUCGGGUAGUAGCUGCGUGGAAUGACCUUCCUCCGUCGGUUGUCCACGCUCCUUCUAGAACCCAGUGUAAAGCACUAUUAGGCAGUUAUUUAUGCGAAUCCACGCGCCGGCGAACGACAGCCAAUGACCGACCGGGAGUGUUACGGUCUUGUAAUGUGCACGCUAUAGAAGCACCAGGGGACAGUGAUUCUCCGAAGGCAGGUGUUCACGACAAUUUCUGUGGAUGGAGAACAGAAAUAAAGCUCAUGAGCCCAAGCUCAACUCAACAGGUUGACACGCCUACUAGAUACCAUGCAGGUCAACUGCUUUACCUACCGGGUCUAAUUGUCAGAAGUGACAGGUAUUCCGUCGGUCAAGUGAUGAAUAAGACUCCUCUGGUAUAUAGCGCCCAUUGCGUGCUGACUUUGUCGCAUGACUUCGUCUUGCAUGGUGAGAACGGAACAGAAGAUGCUACAAAGCUAUAUACCAAAAAGAAUGAGCUUGAGAUAUAUCAUUUGUUAUGGCGCGAACUUACCGACCAGCCUUUUCGUAAUGCGAGAUGCCCCAGGUGGUUAGAGCGCGAAUUUACUGACCGGAACGUCCGUGGUUCGAACCCGACCUACGCUUCUCAACUUCCCCUGUCUGGGCUUGGGCAACCUGGCAGUAUCCCAGCCCUCGUGCAGUCUUCGGAUGGCAUGGCAAAUUACUCUUGGGGGCGAGAUGGCUCAAGUGGUUGUAGCACGAAUUUACUGACCGGAAGAUCCGUGUUUCAGAUCCGACUUCUGCCUCUUAUCUUCACCUGUCUAGGCUUGGGCAAACUGGCAGUAUCCCAGCCCCUGUGCUUUCUUCUGGUGGCAUGGCAGCUACGCACCAGAAGGAUGUUACACCUGAACAAAGUAGUACUCUUACCUAGGCGCCAUAUCACCGCCCUGUCAAAGCGUGUGCGUAAAAGGCCUGUUGACUUCAUGUCAUUUUUUCCAAGGAUGGUUUCGUGUUCACGAAACUGGUAUCGCUCUUCCAGCUUGCUGUUCAAGUGCGCAAAAAAUGUUCAUUCACAAAUCUGUAUCCCAGCAUACCUGAUGGACAGAACCAAGCCCGCGGAGGAAAUUCUGAGGAGUUUAACACCUGAGGAUUCGGCUCGUCUUGAGGUGAUUCUCGCUGAGUACCAACUGAUGGCCGAUAAAGGUUGGGAUGUUCCUGCUGUACUCCGGCCACUUCAUAAAUUGGACCUACUUUGUUGCACCUCUCAUUCCGCUCGUAUGAGGCACUACGAAUUUUUAUUCAAAAAGGAGAAGAUGCAUGAGAAUAAAAUUGCAAAGAAACUAGCGAAACCUCCUAGGGAAAAUUUGAGUACUGCACCUGCUUCAGAUGACCGCAUCAUGCGCAUGAUUGGCCCGAAAUGCAUCCGCCUCCAUCAGGAGGAUUGGAUGUGGGCAGAGAUUCGCUGCCCGGAUUCAGCACAACAACUGGUUUUCGACUUCUCUCAUGAGUCCGAGAUGCGCUUACAAGACCAGAAGAACUUGGCCGCUCAGUUUCUUUACGUGAUGCGAACUGCACGGUUGAUGAGACCCUAUCCGUUCCAUUUAAAUUUAUGUGGGUUGCUUCCUGGGACCAACCAGUACGCAUUUAUGGAACAGGCCUUCGGUAUAGAAGCGCUGGGCUCAACCGUGAAGAAUUUAACGGACAUACCAUGGACAGUAUCUCCAAAUCACUAUACGGUCGACUUUCCUCUGAACGACCCUAAUAAGCCUGUUAUAUACCUCAGUCCAAACGCACCGCGAUGUUUUGAACCCGGCGAGUGGGAUCACACUGCGGUCUAUGUUAUUGGUGCUGUAGUUGAUAAGUCCAUAAGGCGCCCAGUUACGUUAGCCAAAGCACGCCGUGCCGGUGUCCAGUGCAUUCGACUUCCCCUGGAACGAUACUUCAACUGGAGUCCUGGCAGUGGUAAAUGUCUUACACUCAACUGUAUUUAUGACAUCAUGGCCACUGCAAAAUCCACCAACGGUGACUGGGAGACGGCAUUGCGUUCGCAUGUACCGAGGCGCCUUUACGUAGAAACCAACACGUACUCCCGCCAAGUAAAGAAACUGUUGACCAAAAUAUACCCACGACCGAUUCGCCCUUUUGGGGGCUCAUUAAGUAGGCGCAGCCCGAAGACUACCAUAGUUAAUCCGCGCGACCGGUCCCAGGAAACCUCUUGUUGGCGAAACCAUCAGGGAUCAGAAGAGAGUGACCAUCUUGAACAUAGAAGACCGCCUCGACUGGUGUCACUCAUUUGGUGUCCACAGUUGACGGUGACUGUGGGACCCUCUACUGCCUCGAAGAUUUACGACUGCAUAUAUUCUCUCAAACGCCACCGAUUUUCUGGUCCGGAUGACUCCCCACUCGUAUUGUUCAAAGACGGGAGUGAAAUCCUCAGUCAGCGCUUGUAUGAUCCACUUGCCUGUCCCAGACCACUAGGGGAAUGCCCAUUUCGGAAUAGGGGGAUCAGCUUAACCCCGGUUGUAACGAGAUUGCUGGCGUCCCUUGUGCUUCAUCGCCUUAUGUUUGCUCGUGAAAUAUUGAAUCGAGAGGAGCAAGCGGGAUUCCGGCCAGGUAGGGGUUGGGUUGACCAAGUUUUAACAACGCCAUACGUAAAAACAAAUCACAAUUUUAGUAUUUCUGGAUUUCGAAGGCGCAUUCGACUCGGUUGA